AAGUAAAAAGGAAGUACUCUUGAGCCUUCAAACUGAUACAGAGGGAAUGAAAGAUUUAGAUUCCAAUAAUCCUGAUUCGAAUAAUCCUGAUUCCAGUGAUCCUGACUCGAGCGAACCUGUUUCAAGUGAAUCUGAGGCUUAUGAUCCUUAUGAUGAUCUUAAAUGUAUUCAUGAACUUGUUGGCGAAGUUGGAACUUUAUCGAUCGAAGAGGCAAAAACUAUGGCAUUCCCUCUUGCUAACUUUAAAGAGGUUAACAAAUUCUUGAUGUCAAAAUCAAAGUAUCCAUGCUUGAUACAUUCUGAAGAUGACUUGGAGAUUUUAGAACUGAUAGGAGUAAUGGAUUUCGUCAAAAUAGAAUUUGGGUGUGAAGACAGAUAUUCUGUUGAGAAACAUCACAAAGCCUACUUCCAGACCCCCUUGGUUUACAUCCUCCUUGGACUUUUUAGGGUGCUAUACAAUUUUGAUCCAAUUCAAGAAGGUGAGUCUUCAUUUUUGCAGAGAUACUUCACCCAGACUGCUGCAAGAUAUGGAAAAGACAUUUUUAGAGGCACUACGGCCGGAGACGUAGAGCCAAUUAUGCCAUGGAUCUCAGAAGUGAUUACAAUGGAAAGUGAUGAAGUAGAGGUAGAAAUAAUGGAGGUGUACAACUUUUUCAAUGCCCUUACCUGCUCUUCUCUUUGGGAAAUGCAGCAAAGCCCUGGAACUGACAUUAUGAGCACUCUUCAUAUUAUUAUUUAUGAAUCUGAUGAAAUUCUCCAUCCAAAUCAAAUGGCUGAUUACAAAGCAAAAACAAUGGAAUUAUGCAUGAACCAGAACUACAUCAGCUUCCUUUUAGAGGCAGCUCAGUACGAAAGAAGAAUCGUGUCUCUCAUGAGCCAAGGUGAGCCAUCUCGUAGUUUUGUCAUGAUUGAGUGCGACUUGAUUCCCCCUCAUAAUUUCAAAGAUAUGCCUAUUGUGCAUACCAAGAAGAUUAUUUGAAGUGCCUAGCAUG